UUAUUUACAAACCUUUCCUGUAAAUUCACAUAUUUUCCAACUUUUUUGCAACUUUGUUAACAAACAUUUUACAAACUUUUUAAAACUUUUUUCCCGACUUUUUUUCCAACUUACCAACUUUUUACAAACUUAUCUUCCAACCUUUUACAAACUUUUUUUCCCAACUUUUUUUCCAACUUACCAACUUUUCACAAACUUUUUUACAAACAUUUUCCAACCUAUUACAAACUUUUUUUACAAACAUUUUUCCUACACUUUCACAAACUUGAUUUAAUUAAAGUUUAAUUAAUCCCCAACUUUUUUCAAGUUUAUUUACUUAAAGUUUUACUUAUUUUUCACAAACUUAAGUUUGUAAACUUUAAUUUCUCUUUAAUUUUAGAUGGCUACACAAUUAAGAGCAAUUGACGGAUUAAUUUCUGUCUCGGUUACUCAUUGCAGAACAAAUUUACGUUUUUCGCAAUUUACAAUAAAUCCUGAAGGGUUGCUUGGCCCGAUAUUAAAAAUAUUUGAAAUUACAAUUAAUGAUUUAAUUAGACAACGAAUUCCUGAUCUUUUAUGUAGAUCUUUGAGGGAUAUUGUUGAACGAAACUCUCCUCAUUUAUUUCAACGAAUUACUUAUAUUCCUUUAGGGGAGCAUUUUUCUACUUUUGGGAAUGGAACUGAUGGUGUUAUUGAAAGAUUUGUACAACGCCUUUCUAAUGGCUUAUUUAUCGAUGGAAGAAUGGUUUCUGACCCUGUAAUAACCAACGAUUAUUUUGAAACACAACAGAGAGGUGAAUUACGUUAUCCAGAAUCCUAUCAUUCUGCUCCCUUCUUUCCACAGCCAAUUCCAAUAGAAAAUGAUUCACAAAGAAUGUUUUAUUUGUAUGCUUCUGAUUACACAUUAAAUUCGAUGUUAUAUCAGGCCUUUCAACUGGAUAGAUUAACCAUUAGAGUUGAAGAACAAAGCUUGCCAGCUUUAUAUCGAACUUUUGUUCGAACAACCUGUCCAGAUAUAGAUCAAGCUGGAGGGGACUUUUUAAAGACUAUUUGUGUUGGAAAACUUGUGCCAGCUUUGGGGAAACAAUUUCCAAAUACUACAACAAAAUUUGUUAUGGUACCUCAUCAAUUGCCUGAAAUGCAAUUUAAAAAGGGAUUGGGAACAAUGGACUUGAAGGCACAUAUUCUAACAUUUAUCCGAGACCGUCAAACUCACAAGGAUCGCCAAGUUUUGGUCACUUCAGCUGAUGGAACUGCCGACAUUAAACUAAAUGCAGAAAAUGAUAAAUUUGGAGGGGAUUUGAAGUUAAAAAAAUUGCUAGUUCGUUUACACCGUUCAGCUAUUCAAAUUGAACCAGAAAGUAUUUCACAAUUAGCUCCUUUAGCAAAGAUGUUUCUUGGCCCAGAAUUGGCUAAAGCGUUGAAACAAGGAUUGCCUUUUCCGUUAAAAGAUUCUAUGAAAUUCAUUAACCCAAAAUUAACACUUCAUGAUGGCUAUGUUCGUCUAGCCUCUGAUUUUGAGUUAAAUGAACAAACUUUGCGAUUGAGAAUGACAGAGGCUUUUGAGAGAAUUAAAGCAGAAUCCGCAAAUAAUAUUGGGGGAUAA